AUGGACGACGACGAGCAGAAAGGUUACACUUGGGAAACCGGGUACGCCGAAGGUUGCUUCUCGCAAAAAUUUGAAACCUUUUUUUAAUUUAAUUUUUCAAGGUUUGAAUAUCGGAGAAGUGCUGGUAGAAGAUGAAGGAGGAUCCAUUGAAAAAUCUAUUGCACGUUAUGUUGCCGAUUCGAAGAAAAAAUUGCGAGGUGUUGCAAAACCAACGAAAAUUCGGUUAGGAAUUGUGAGUUUUGACUCAGGCUCAAGCAACAAAAAGACGGGAAAUCGGUUUAGAUGCGUCAUGUGAUGAUUGUCAUAGACUGUUCUCGAUUUAUGACAAAUAAGGCUAUGCCGCCCUCAAGAUUUGCAGCUACUUUGAAGGUACUGAGGCUUCUGAAACUUGAGAAUUGAUUAAGAAAAGACAGGUUCUACUGGCGUUUUUGGAAAAGUUUUUCGAGCAGAACCCUAUCGCGCAAAUUGGAUUCAUCACCUGCAAAGACAAGAAAGCAGAACGUCUUGCAGCUUUAACAGGUAGGAAAUCAUAUUUUUCUGCUUUCAAAGUAAUAUUUCAGGUAAUAUUCGAAAUUUGAAAGAUUCUUUGGGGACUUUGAACGAAAUGUUCUGCGGUGGUGACUUUUCUCUGCAAAACUCUUUGCAAUUGGCUUGUUCAAAUCUUCGGUGGAGCAAUAUUGAGACAAUUUUGAUAAUGAAAAGAUUUUCAGGGACUUGCCUGGUCAUGUAUCUCGGGAGAUUAUUGUCAUUAUGGGAAGUCUUACUACAAUUGAUCCAGGAAAUAUUUUCACCACUAUCGAGGUUAGUAGCUCGCCUCUGAUGGGCAUACAGUUUGAAGGAAUUGAAAUCAAAAUUUGUAUUUAGGUGCUGAAAUCUCUGAACAUUCGAUCUUCAGUGAUUGGCCUUGCAGCAGAGAUGUUCGUGUGCAAACAGCUCGCUCAAAUGACCAAAGGUUAUUCAUUAACUGACAGCUAACCUUGAAUAUUUUUCCAUGCGACUUGUAGUUGAAAUUAAUUUUUUUUUUCCUGUUUAAUGUAGUUUUUUGAGAGUUUCAAGCCAAUUUUUAUAGUAUUUCAAACUUCAGAGUAAAAUUGCCUUCCUUGUAAAGUGUUCACCCGUCCUUGGACUUGAAGCAUCUGAAAAUGACGUCACAGCAUUUUUCGUUCUUCAGGCGACUUCUCAGUGGCGCUGGACGGCGACCACAUGUUCACGCUGUUCGCCAAGCACACCGUCCCUCCGACAACAAUAAGAUCCGCCGAAUGCAAUGCGAUCCGAGUCGGCUUCCCUCCUCACCAGAAGAUCACCGCGCGGUCAUUCUGCAUAUGGUGAUUCCGUACUCCUUGCACACGUCCUCAUAUUCUUCUACAGCCAUUCCGAAUCGGGUCCACUCUCUGACCGAGGCUUCAUCUGCGAGCAGUGCGGCGUCCGGCAUUGCUCGCUGCCUUCAGAAUGCCCGGUUUGUCGGCUGACGCUGGUCGCCGCGCCUCAGCUCGCCAGGGCCUUCAGACAUCUCUUGCCUCUGACUCCUUUCCAGCACGUCGCGGUGUCCAAUGAGUGGGUUACUUUCGAAGAAUUGAAUUAUUCAGGAAAACCUCUUUCCUUUUUUAAAAUUUUGCCUCAAAUUAGAAAGAUAAAUGAAAGGCAUUGAGAUCAAGAAAGGAAAAAGACAGGAUAGGGAGUGUGAAAAUUGUUUCAAGAACGAUUUUCUAUUGAGCAUUAAAAAGCUUUUAGAACUGAUUUAGUAAAAUCGGGGAAAAAAAAGAGAAAAAACUUGAAUGAAAUUUAAUAAUGUCAGUUUUAAAAAUCAAUAAUAGGAAGUAAUUUUAAAAUUACACGAAGAUCGCAGCUAAAAAAUAAAAAUUUUCCUUUUCAAAUUUUUUUUAUAGAGAAUGCGCGGCCUGUGAGCAAUUCCUAGAGUCGGAGGCCUACCAAUGCUUGAAAUGCACCUCGUUCUUCUGCUUCGAUUGCGACCUUCUACUCCACGAAAGCUUACACGUCUGUCCGAUGUGCAGCUGA